AUGAAAUUAGGAUCGAUAGCGACGAAGUCCAAAACUGGUGGCUCCUUGGAAGCCAAUGCUUGUACCACAGAGAGGAGCCCUGGAGCAAAUGCUAAUCAUGUUGCCAGUGCCGCAGAGAGGACCUCUAAUAGAGUCCACACAAUUCACACAAUUGAAUUUGACUUUCUUCCAGCCCCACUUCCAAUCGAUCGUACUGCUGCUGCAACUAUCUCUCCUCCGGGGGCUUUCCCAGUCUCAGGAACAGGAGGAGCCAGCAAUUGUGGACCAACAAGGAGCCACCUUUCUGACCCCACUUUGCCCCCCAAUCAAAACGACUUCGCCAGUCCUCUGGAUGCCACGUUGGUAGAGCAGGAACCACAGCAACAAGAAACAGAACAAGUGCAAGUUCAGCUGCCAGAAGCUUUAAAUGUAAUGCCAAUGAGCAGCGAAGCAAACGAAUCAUCAUUGUCGUCAUCACCAUCCUCCUCCACUUUUAUAAAUACAUGUUUCUUUGUGAUAGUGGCUCUGAUUGUUGGAUUGGUCCUCUGGCUGUUAAUAUCAGAACUAUCAAGCCAAGACUCAACGUCAUCAGAUCCAAUUGUGGCCAUUGGCACCUUCUCUGAACCUGUCGAGACCAACAGAAGCCACCACUACCUGCCAUUUGACAGUUCAUUGCAUCCAAAGACACGCAAGGCCAUUCUGGAUGAUCCAACAGGGCCUCAAGCUAGAGCAAACAAUUGGAUGUGGGAAGAUCCAUAUCUUGACACCUAUCCCAAGUGGCAGAAGAUCCAGAGGUUUGCCUUAGCUGUUGCUUACCAUGCCAUGGAAGGAGACAACUGGUUUCGAAAUGACCAUUGGCUAUCCUAUGAAGUCCCUGAAUGUGAGUGGUUCUCACAAAGCCCAACACCCUGUGGUCAGGAUGGGCAUCUUGUUCUUCAAGAUUUACAAUCAAACAAUCUUGGUGGCACUCUGCCGAUGGAGAUUCUCCUGCCAGAAACCAUCAAAGUUAUGGAUUAUUCAAACAAUCACAUCUCUGGGUGGAUGCCCUUUACACCAUCGACAAACAAAAUGGAAGCUAUCAUAUUGUCAAACAAUAGUUUUGAAUUCGCCCUGUACUUUGCAGAUGCAGAUUUUGAUCCCAGUUUCCUCCGAAUUUUUAGGUUGGAUUCUAAUCAAAUGGAGAGCAACAACUUACAGGUUAUUGGUGUUCGUCACAACCUUGAGACUCUCAAUCUGACAAGAAACCGCUAUGGAGGGACCAUUCCAUUGAGGGAAGCAAGUCGUUCAGCAGCAAAAUUGAGCUACUUGGGCCUCGGGGACAAUCUGUUUGAAGGCACAAUACCGUCAGAGUUGGGCUUGAUGACCCAGUUGACUGAGCUCAACCUGUCAGGGAAUUCCGCUGUUAGCGGCACCCUGCCAAGUGAGUUGCUGUUAUUGACUUCCCUGUUGUACUUGGAUAUCUCUGGAACUACCAUCACCGGCAGUAUCCCCAUUGACCUGUGCACUGGCAGCCUCAACCUCUCGAUCAUAGCAAACUGCAGCCAGAUUCAGUGCUGUUGA